GCGCGGCGAGCGAGGCCGGCCGGGCGGAGGAGCUGCGGCUGGCCGCGCCGCUUCUGCCUGGGGCCGGUGGGCGGCGAGGCGGAGGCCGGGCGAGGCGGCGGCGGCGGCAGUGCGGGCUCCGGGAGGCAGGGGGCUCUGUGCUCUAGCGAGCGCGGCGGCGGCGGCUCGUCGGAGCGGCGCCCGGCUGGGUGGGAGGCGGUGUCAGCUCGCCUCGGCCGCCGCUUUCCUCCGCCCUCGCUCUCGGCUGCUGACGGGCUGCUCCGCUUGGGAUCUGCCCGGGGCUGGGGGGCCUCGCGCUUGCACGCCCGGAUCCGUCCACCAUGCCAGAGGUUAGAGAGCUCACCGAUGCUUUGGCCAACGUGCCUAUGGACCCCAUUACCGGCGUUGGCGUCGUCGCCUCCCGGAACAGGGCCCCGAGCAAUUACGACGUGGUUGCACAAACCGCAGAUGGCCUAGAUGCUGAUCUUUGGAAGGAUGGCUUGUUCAAAUCCAAGGUCACACGAUAUUUGUGCUUCACACGGACUUUCUCCAAAGAGAAUAGUCACUUAGGAAAUGUCUUGGUUGACAUGAAACUCAUAGACAUAAAAGAUACUUUGCCCGUCGGCUUCAUCCCAAUUCAAGAAACUAUGGAUACACAAGAAACUGCUUUUCGGAAAAAGAGGUUGUGCAUUAAAUUUAUCCCCCGGGAUUCUACAGAGGCCGCCAUUUGUGAUGUCCGCAUACUGGGCCGAGGCAAACAAACUCCUCAACAAUAUACGUAUAUCGGGGAAUUGAACAACAUGGGGAUCUGGUAUCGGAUGGGGAAGGUCCCUCGAAAUCAUGAAUCAUCUCAGCCUACCACACCUUCUCCACAAGCACCAGCCACCACACCAGCUGCCAACCUGCCCAGACAUAUAUCGUUGACACUUCCCGCCAGCUUUCGAGGGAAAGGCCACGGCACUCGGCCAGACUUUGAGUACCAGCACUCCAAUUUAUAUGCCAUUUCAGCGAUGGAAGGCGUGCCUUUUAUGAUCUCAGAGAAGUUUGCUUGUGCUUCUGAAGGGAUGCAGCCUGUUGACCUCCUGGGAAUCACAAUUAAAUCUUUGGCUGAAAUUGAGAAAGAGUAUGACUACAGCUUCCGGACAGAGCAGAGCGCUGCAGCCAGACUCCCUCCCAGCCCCACCAGAUGCCAGCAGUAUCCGCCCUCGUGAAGUCUCUCAACUCCUUGGAGUAUAACGCACACGUACUACUGAGAAGCGACAGGACCUCCUCCUCCUCCUCCUCCUCCUCCUCGCUUUGUAAUCUUUCCCCCAAUCCCUCCUGUCCCUGACAAGCAGUAUUAAUGGACACCUGUCCAGCAAAAGACACAGAAAGCCUUGUUUUUUGUUUUUCCCCUUUGCAUCACUUCCCCCCCCCCCCCCGCACACACACCUCCUUUGUACAAAAUAACUGGAUAGCAUUUCUUUCCCUCUUUUUUUUAAUUUUUUUUACACCAACUUGCUGGUUUUCAAAUCUUGACUCAGCUCCUUGAGUCCUUUUGGACAACGGCCCUAACCCUGCAGAUUCCCCUGGGAUCAGCCCUCUUAUGACUGAAGAGACAUAGACCUCUGUUGUGGGGGCUUCUGUCUGUCCACGUUUAUUUAUUGUGGUUUUUGUGGGCGAUCCUUGAUUCCCUCCAAAGAGCUGUUCCCACUGGGCUGAAGUGUCUUCUACUAAACCGUCUAACAAAAAUGAGUAUCUGUUCCCUAGGUGAAUGGAAGUCUCCUCAAUGCCCAGCUCGUUGGCACUGACUUGUUUUGGACAUGACCUUAAGCUUUGUCUUCUCCUGUGGUCCGGUAGACCCCAUGGAUAGAUUUUUCUUAACCCAGAAGCACAUCCUUUUUAGCUGUUGUCUGUUAACACCUGGCUGGCUUUAUCUGGCGUUCCUCAGCUGACUAGCACUACGAAGAUCCAUCCUGUAGCUCAUCGCUGGCGUCAGUGUUGCUGUCACCAUCCAACUCACAACGUCCUUUGUGGUUUGAAGCAGCUUAAAAUGCGUGGCCUGAACUGGACUUCUGUUUUUGGAAUUCUCUUCUCCGAAUCAUCUGCCCGAAUGGAUGAUCAACGUGGCCUUUUUUCAAAGAUGGGCAACUUCGUUUCUGAGCCUUUUUUAAAAAUAACAACAAACAAAUGUGAUUUAUAUCUGAUAUAAAUUUUGCAGAAAGAGUUUAGUCCGGAUACUUGUCUGGAAGGCCUACGAAAUCUCCAGUGGCUCUCUCUAAAACAUUUCUUGCAUCCUUCCCUCUGUUAUAAAUAGUUCAAUUCAGCAACCGGAAGACUUGUCCGCCUAACUGGGCUGCUUAAGAUGAAACAAACCAUGAUGUGUUCUUCUGGAGAUCUUGGAAGAAGAAACCAACACAGGCCAGUCUAAUGUAAGCUUCAGCCCAUGAGUAAUAACUCCAGAAUAUACAACUUGGUGCAACUUGUCACUGAAACUUACAAUUAUUUGGGGAACCCUUUUAUGAACUUCUGUGCUGCUUUUUUCUGUGCUGCCGGAGAACAAAUACUGUGUCGUAGAGACAAAAAGGAGAGCAGAUCCCUUCUUCCCCUUUUCAUUGAUUUCUUUGAUUAAAACAAACAAACAAACAAACAAAAAUAACAGGUAGAAAGGAUCCAGCAUGUCACAUGUAAAUAAAUAGUAAUUUCUCUAAUGGUAUUAAAAUGCAGUUGACCUGGUUUUGGACCUCAGCUGCUCCUGGAGUUAGUUUAGCUUGUUUUGUUCUGGAGUAGUUUUAUUCAUAGCAAAGAGCGGUGGUCGUACUGCAUAAAAUGGAUAUGUCUUCCCAAUCCUUGCCCAGAAGUUUAUAAAUUGCAUUUUUCAAGAAAAGCAAAACUGGACAAAUGGUCAGACGCUGGCUUUACAGCACAAUCCGAGCCAGCUGUUCAGCCCUUCUACCUUCUUCUUAGCAAGCAUGGUGUAUGUCUUGAUUUCUUUAUCAUCUCUCUUGGUUUUGCCAACCUUUUCAGUUCUCAUGGUCCAUUGCCAAUCACCAAACUGCCUUUCUCUGCCCCCCCCCAAAAAAAGAGGGCUUUUGUGAAGGCAUUAAAUAGGUAAGAGGCCCCAACAGAGAAGACCCUGUUUCAGUCACUUCCUGAAGGUAGUUGGGAAAUCAAUAAGGUAAACUAAGACGGUGAUUUGAUCUUGCGCCUGUGAUCUUGAAGUGAGAUGUUAGGCAAACAUCUCAAGCAGAACAGGUAGAUCUGAGAUGAAGACAGAAAAGUGUUUUCCAGUUAACAACAUGCAAAUAGAGCUAAUAACGACGGCCAGCGGAUGAGAAUUGAAUCUGGCUGAAAAAUUUUGAUUUGAAUUUAAGAAGUCAAAUCAAAUGAGAUUGAUUUGGAAAGCCAUUCUUGUUCGUUUAUUAUUUAGAUGGCUAAAAUGUCUAGGUGAAGGCGGAUCCCGGAAUCAGUUCAGGUCAACAGAGUUUUUAAUGCCCCUCAAUCAAGACUUCUUUUGCUCCCUUCCGUUGCCUUCAAAAUUGCACGUCCAGGCCAUGUUUGGAAGGAUGGAGAUGGUCCAUCUCUACUGCAGCUCUUACCUUCUCAACGGCUGUGCAGAAAAGAGAUCCCAGCUUAGCUGAUGUUUGACAAAUUAUCCCAUCCCACUAGUUGGUUUCCUUCCAUAAGCAGGAGCCAUAAUAGGGUAGCAAAGAGAUUUUCCCCAUCUCAAAUUUUGGAGAAGAACUGCUGGUUAAAUUGAAACUGAAUUCACGCCCUGGCUUCUUGGAACCCUGAAAGUAGAAAGCAGAGGAAGUCAUCACCAGCCAUUGCAUGGACUCUCAAGAGGAGAGUGGUUGCUUCCUGUACGAGGGAAACAAUUAACCAAUGCACCAGAACUUAAAAACCAAAAUGGCACCUUCUACUUUUCAAUGCUCUUAAGAGCCAAGGAAGCAGCGUUGAAUUCAAGGCUACAAUUGCACCAGAAUUGCCCCUCACACAGAAGGGGCAAUUGUUAUUGCAAUAUUCUGGUGCAGGUUUUGAAUUCUCCCCCCCUUAAUCUGGUGAGAAGACAGUGACAAACAAGCUAAUGUAAGUUCUAUCAAGUUCUGGUGAAGUUCUAAAGUUCCUAUCAGCUUCCAUCCAACCGUUCUUGGAUGCUGCUUCUACAUCCAAUGGAUAGAAUGCAAUUUAACUUUUUUUUUUAACAGAGGAAUCCUUAAGUACAAAGCACACUAAGGUUAUCCCUCUUUUUACGUGGUAUUUGGCCUCCCAACGGUACUGGUAGAUAGGUAUUUAUUUCUGUAUUUAGACGUAUACAUAUAAUUGUGGAUGCUUUUAUGCCAGUCUCUAGUCUUUUUACAUUGUUUCCACCCCUUUCCCAUAUAUUUCUCUUUAGAGAAUGCAGAUAUGAGCCCCUCAGCUCCAGACAGAGAUUGGUAGACUCAGACAGAACUGAAAGCAACUUCAGAGAAAAGGUUUUGUUCACACUUCUCUCCACCGUACGAAAGGAAGGUGGACGUUUUUACCCAGGACCGUUGCCUCUGCUUACAGUCAGAAAUGGUGGAAGGCAGGAAGCAGGAUUGGUAGGUGUCAAGCUAAAUUAGGCAACGGGAAAUGGGGUUAGAGAACUCAUCCUUGUUCUCUCAAUACUGGAAAAAUUAUCUAUAAAUGAGCCUCGUCUCCUUCUGCCCCCUAAAAGGCAGUUGUUGGUCUUUAAACAAAGUGUCAGCAUUUUUCAUGGCUUUUGUUGACUUUCAUGUUUGCCUCUGUUGGGUCCACUCUCCUUGUCCUUAGCCAUUGGCUGGAGUUGAAGGCCAUCAAUGUCUAGGACAGGGAGAGGCAACCUUGGCUCUUUUAUGACUUGUGGACUUCAACUCCUAGAAUUCCUCAGUCAGCAUGGCUGGUUCAGGAAUUCAUGAAGUCCACAAGUCAUAAAAGAGCCGAGGUCGCCUACCACUGGCCUAGGGAGAAACAGGUUCAAUUCUACUUCCUCGUAGUAGAGACUGGUGGUGUAAUGUUGUUUUGACAACCCAACACUGAGGAACUUUUUUCCAAGCAGGGUAAUCUUUCAUGGAAUACACUUUAUCCAGGACAAAGCAGUCGUGCAUCACAGGUAACAAUGGGGAUGUUUUUGUUGACUUCUCCACGCAACCCCAUCAUAUCAACGGGUACAAAUAAACCGCCUCGUAUACUGUUAUUAUUCCAGACAUCACCACUGAGGGGAGACAAAAGGUUUGUAGAUCUUGGAGAGUUGAUUGCCUGUUUGUGCAGCUUUUGUCAGUUUCAUAUUCACACAUACGGAAUAUAGGUGUGAAUGUACACAUAACACACAGCUGCACAAACGAAAAAUGUGUUAUUUCUGCCCCUUCCCCCAAAACAGAGCAAAAAAUAAGUAUUAAGAUCAGAAAAAUCUGUGACACUCUCUAAAACGGGUGUUUAGAGUGUGGUUAAUGGGGCAACACACAGACAAAUUUAGGAUAGCUGAUGGGUUCAAAAUAAGUUGAAUUUGUGGAGUAUUUUUGUGUGUGUGUGUGUGUGUGUGAAGUGAAUUAAGUGUUGUGUGAAAUUAUAUUUCGAAAGGGGGUUGAUCUUGUUUAGGAAAUAAAUGGGGGGUUCCUUUGAGGUGAAGAAAAGUGACAGUGCAACAUCCUAUGAAACACAUGGAUUAAAACAUCUCUUUCUGAGCUAUUUGCUUCAAAAACAAGAAUAUUGUUAAGCAGCUGGGCAUUUUUUAACAUUGUGUUUGUGUGUGAGUGUGUAGGUAUGAAUGUAAUUUUUUUUCCUAAAGAUGCUAUGCAUUUUCUUUGUGAUGGGACAUUGAAAGUGGAUUAAACAUGUUCAUUAAUCCUAUUAAUAUUACCCUUUCAUAUUUAUUUUAUUGGCCUACUUUGUAUUUUACAAAGGGAAGCUCCCGUCUUGAGAACUUAGUCUGUAUUCUUAAUAUAAUUUGUUGAAUAAAAAAAAACUUAACAAGU